GUUUAUACAUAGCAUCAUCAAUUAGUGAUAGUGAUACAAAUAAUCAAGCAAUGGCAUCAAAGAUUGAAAUGGAGGUUGAGUUGAAAAGUGAAGCAGAAAAGGUUUGGAACAGCAUGAGGGAGUCCACUACUCUCUUCCCCAAAGCCUUGCCUCAGCACUACCAAAGCAUCCAAAUUCUUGAAGGCGAUGGCAAGUCCGUCAACUCUGUGCGCCUCGUCACCUAUCCACAAGGAAUAUCACCAGUUUCAAGCAUCAAAGAGAAGAUCGAAGCGGUAGACGAUGAGAAGAAAUUCGUGAGUUACAGUGUGAUAGAGGGCGACAUACUGAAGUACUACAAGAACUUCAAAGGCAGCCUCAGCGUCAGCAGCAGCAGCAACGGCGACAACAAAACUUCACUGAAAUGGACCUGCGAAUUCGACAAGGCCACCGAGGAUACCCCUGACCCGGAUUUCAUCAAGGAAUUUGCCCUCAAAACUUUCCAGGAUUUGGAUGCUUAUCUUCUUGCUAAUUAAUCUCUAUGUUUCUACUUAUGGAAGAAGUAAUGGCUUCAUCGAAGCACUAUAAUAAAUUAUCCAUAAGUUUAAUUAAUAUAUAUUAUUCCCUUUUUAUAUAA